UUCUCUUUCUGCCCUGGACUGGAAGCCUCAAGCCUCCUGCCCCUGCCCCCACCCCUACCCCACCCCCUUCCCGAUCCCCCACUUCCCACUUCUACAUUGAAGGCUCACGGACCCAUUCCGCAUCCGCACGUUGAAAUGUCCUCGAAUUGGGAAGAUUUCUUCAAUGACAACCGUCCGCCCCCAGAUUUGGAUGAAAACAGGAAGCUAAUAGAAGAGUUUUGUGACAGACAUUUGGAGAGGAAAUCUCGCAUUGUGCUAGUCACAUCUGGAGGAACCACUAUCCCCUUGGAACAUCACACAGUCAGGUUCGUUGACAACUUUAGCGCUGGAACAAGAGGGGCUGCAUCCGUGGAAUAUUUCCUAGACGCUGGUUAUGCUGUCAUAUUUUUGUACAGGCACAAAUCAAUAGAACCCUUUCUGCGACAUUUGAUGGGAUCCAAGUUUUUGGAUAUGCUUGAGAUUGGUUCUUCCCCUGUAGGUAAUCCCUCAAUCUCUGUUAAAUCAGCUGAAGCUGAACGCAUCUUGCCUAUUUUAACCAAAUAUAAAGCUGUAAAAGAGUCUGAGACCCUGGUGCAGGUUGGAUUUACAUCUUUGUCUGAUUACCUUUGGCUGUUGAGAAUUGUUUGUGAACAGCUUGCUCGUUUUGGUCCACAAUCAAUGCUGUAUUUAGCUGCUGCAGUAUCAGAUUUUUACAUGCCCCCUCAGGAAAUGUCUACCCAUAAAAUGCAAUCUGCAGAUGGUGCUCCAACCAUCCAGUUUUGUUUGGUUCCCAAAUUUUUGCAGCCCUUAGUUAGCUUGUGGGUUCCAAAGGCUUAUGUGGUUUCUUUUAAACUAGAAACUGAUGAAAGUAUACUUAUAAAAAAGGCCAGAGGUGCUCUAGAGAAGUACAAGCAUAAUGUUGUCAUCGGUAAUUUAUUGCAGUCCCGUAGACACCUGGGUGUUGUUGUCACACAAAACAAUGCUAUGAACAUUGUAUUGACUCCGGAACAAGAAAAACAGGGGUUGGAAAUUGAAGAAUUUUUUGUUCAACAUCUUCAAACUGAGCACUUGAAAUUCAUUACUGAAAAUGUUCCUCAAGAAUAUUGAAUCUAUUUGAAUUGAAGGAAGAGGAGGUGCAGCCAGUGCUGCAGGCUGCUUUGUAGACGACACUAAAACUGAAUCUUAGCAAAAGAAAUGAGGACUUUGAGGUCAUGUUUUAUCUAUAAAUCAGUGUAAUCUGAUCUUAUCUGGAAUUGGUCAAGGUUAACAAUUAUAUCUGUGAUAUGUCGUGUAUACUUGAAUAAAUAUUUUAGAACAUUC